AUGGCACCUGCCUGCCCUCUUGCUCUCACAUUCUUCUUCUGCUGUAUCCUCCUUCAAACAAUCUGCUGUUCAGGAGUAUUUGUGGAGCUAUCAUAUGAUUCGACACAGGUCAAGACACUAUCCAGCUCAGUCGUCACUGAGUACAGAGUCAUGGUCACUGACAAGCAGCGUGCCUACCUCUUCUUGAAGCCGUUUGUGUGCAGAGAGAAGCCAUGCAGAUCGGAGCCUCUCGCCGCCGCCGGCUCAUUUGUUAACGAAGUUCUUGGUCCCAACCGGCGUCUCAACGUCAGCAACAUCAUCGUCACGGCCACCGACACGCAGCUCGGCGCACUGCGCCGCACUUUGCAGUCGAUUCACGCUUCUCUCGCCGCCGCCGGAUUGGCGGAGAGCGUUAAGGUCUCGCCGGAGCUCUCGCUGUCUUCUCUGCGGAUCGUCGCCAAGGAUCGUGCUCGUGCCAGAAAGAAGCGGUGGGGCAAGGUCGUAGAGUUCGUCAGGAGGACAGGUUCGUCUGUUCUUGUUCAGGUGGAGACAGAGGUGGAAGCAGACAGUGAGCUUGCCGUGGACGCGGAGAUCGAAGAGGCCGUCGCUGAAGUUGCCGCUCUGUUGGGCGCCGGCCUCUUCGUGAUCCACGUCAAGAGCCGUGCGGCUCCAAGCGCGGUGGCAAUGGCCAAGCUGCGUGGCGAUACCGGCCGGGAGAAGAGGUUGUUGGGUGUUCUGGUGGACGCGUCCUCCCCUCGGCGGGAGCUCGGCGAGGCAAGAGCGACGGCACACGACGAGUUCUCACCGGUCAGCAACCCGGCGACGACGCCCGUGAGCAACCCAGUGACCGUGCCGGCCACGAACCCCGUGGCCAACCCGAUGGCCCCGGGAUUCGUCACCGUGCCGUCGACCAACCCGGGCAACGGGUUCGCGACCAACCCGAACCUGCCGCCACUGUACCCGGAGCCGACGACGCCGGUCACCAUGCCCAUGCCUGACCCGACGACGCCGACAAUGCCGCCGGUGACCGUGCCAUCCCCCUUCACGAACCCGGUCGCCGCGCCGACCACCAUGCCGGGGACGGUGACGAACCCGGCAGCCCCCGCCGUGACGAACCCGGCUACGACGCCGUCGCAGUACCCGGGAACGUCGCCGGUCACCAACCCAGUGACCACGUACCCGUACCCGCAGCAGGGCGGCGGCAUGCCGGCAACGCAGCCGGUGUACCAGCCUCCGGCGACGACAAUGCCCGGCACCGGCACGGUGCAGCCGGGCGCGCCCACCGUGGCCGGGCAGGCGUGGUGCGUCGCCAAGUCGGGGAUCAUGGACACCACCCUCCAGGACGCGAUCGACUAUGCGUGCGGCAUCGGCGGCGCCGACUGCUCGCCCAUCCAGCCCAUGGGCACCUGCUACAACCCUAACACGCUGCAGGCGCACGCCUCAUACGCCUUCAACAGCUACUUCCAGCGCAACCCGUCGGCGGCAAGCUGCGACUUCGGUGGCGCCGGCAUGCUCGUCAACGUCAACCCAAGCUCAGGAACUUGCAUGUACCAGACAUCAGCAGGUUUCGGCGCCGGUUACAGCCCGGGGACGACGGGCGGCGGCGGGAUGUCGGGCACCGGUUACAACCCAGCGGGAGGGAUGUCGGGCACCAUGGGAGGUGGCUCCGGUUCCACGGUGCUGAACGCCAACAACCCCGGGGGCAACUCCAUGUACGGCGGCUACGACAACCCGACGGGGCUCACCGCCGGGUCGGCGCCGCUGUCCUGCGGCGGCUGGGUCGUCCUGUGCCUCGUUUGGAUGGUCACCUUUGCAUUUGUCAAGGAGAAACUGUAG